GUAGCAAGACCGUCCAAUUGCCUUUUCGAGUGAUAGCCACCUCUGUUGAGAUUAAACUUUUGUCACUUCACCUUCGGCAGUUCACCCACAAGAAUCAUUGAAAAAAAAAAUUAAAGAAGAGCGGGAUAGUACUAAAUUCGCAUGAAGCCUUUAUAUUUGGUCGUUUCUGUCACACAAACACUGCACGGGAUAGGAAAUGAUCUUCGCACUACCAAUAAUGCAAUAGGAUUAUCGUAUCACAAGAUUGCAAUCAUUAUUACUYCAUUGCAAAAGCGAUGUCCUCAAUCGCCGAGCACAAUGACGACGCCAAUUUUCUAUCGUUACUCUGCAAACAAAGAGAGAUAUUGAAACGACUCAACAUAGAAAAGAGUAGAUCAACAAAUAAGCGUCAUGAUAUUAAAAUAGCGCAUCGGAUAGAUAACAAUUCUGCUGAAAGAAAUGUCAUAACAUCGAUGAAUCGUGGAUCUCUUGAAUCUACUGGACCGGUUCGAUCAAUGAAUCAACCAACCAUAGAACAGUGUCAGGAUCAUUUUCAAAAUCAGGAGUUUUCACACAGAAGGAAAAUCCGAAGGCUUUUCGGAGGGUUCAGUUUUCAGUAUCGGACGCUACCAAUCUCCCCUGAUUUUUCUUCGAGAGAUUGUAUCGGAGAUAUGGACAGGAUGGAGAGAAUAAUGGCAGCUAAAGCCAAUCACAUGUGGGUUGAAGGAGAUGCUGCAAACUGCCAAACCAAAGUUGGGAGGCAAAAUAGCCUUGAUCGAUUGCUUUCGCAUUCAUUGGUCCUUGAUGCAAAUUCUUUUAGAUCAAAUAAGCCAAUUCCGCCCCAAUCUUCCAACAACCGUGGCAAUAAAUUCACGAAACGUGAACUGUUUGCGAUAGCAAAAACGCCACAACAAGAUUACAUCAGAGAAGAGCGAUUGAAUCCCAGUUGCAAUAUUUUGGCUCUCAGAAACGAAUUCGAGAAAUUUGCUUUGGCUAUGGAAAAAAGCGCGAAAAGUCAGCAAGAUAUUCAUAAAUGGGAUAGAAUGAUGGGUUUGAAAAGGUCCCAUAGUAAGACUAUGCGAUUAUCGAUGCGAUCACGUAGCAAACUAAAGGAAAUAUUUUUGACACGAAGUAGAGAAAUGGGAAAAAAUAAGCGAUGGUAAUGCACGAUGCGAGUCAUGUAUCAGCCACAACCGGAACCUCGUGAGUGGUCUUCAUUGAAAUAAUCGAGACCAGUGCCACUAUGGUACCAGUCAUUUUAAUAGUGGGUUAACCGAAAAAGCCUACCCUACAGACCUAAAUUGGUGAUUCCUGUUAUUCUAAAUACWACGUACAUAUGAUAGACUGACAGACCAAAAGAUUAUUACAUGUGAUUCUAGCUUUAGCAUAUUUUGUG